CUCAAAGAAUGAGACUUCUGAAAGUGACGGAACCGACUAAUAUCAAAAUGCGUCUCGCUGGGACAUUCUUUUUCUCUCGCAAGCACACAAAACGCAGCACAUCUGGCAAUUUCCGCAGCGUCCAGAAAGACGUGCACAAAGCUAUCCACGAGAAUCCUGCUGUUCAAGACCCCGAUAAGUCUCUUCACGACCAGAUGAAGGCAUUGUUUCACCGACCCCUCUGGCACCUUCGAUUCCGACUAAGCGGGUGCCUGCCUCCAGUGUUUGUCAUCAACGGCCUUGAUGAAUGCGAACCCAAGGUCGUUGCUGAUCUGAUAUCCCUACUUGGGGAAGUUCUUCGUGAUCCUGAGCUACCCGUGAUCCACAUCCUGCUCACAAGUCGCUUGGAAGAACAUAUCCGGAAAGCUAUCCAAACAGAGGAAAUGCGCCUGCUGGUAUGUGAGAUACCAGACGUGCGAGCACUGAGCGGAGCGGGUGGUGUAGAGUCAAAGUAUGACACAGGAGACCCCGUAGUGACGAAAACACCACUUAGAGCGAGGAUGACACUUGCCUUCGUGAAAGUACUGUCAGCGUCGGCUAGAGUUCGCGACGCACGAGGUGUUGGCUAGUGUGGCGAUAGUGCUAACCAUGAUAGAGCCCUAACAGUUUCAAACGCUGGCUCGGAUUGCAGCGACUUCCAUGAGCAUCAAGAUCUGGGCGUCCCAGUGCCGGAAAACAAAGUACCCUCAUUAAGGGGGACGUGCGACGAAGGGCUUCGGGGAGGGGUUGUUCGUCGGCAAGUGCUCUUAGGUUAGCAGCAGUCACAUAUAAAUUGAAAGGUAAGUGUAGUUCAGUGACACAGCAAGGAUUCCAAAGUUUUCAAAGCGCACCUCGAUGGAAUAGAGUGAGGCCAUGAAGUGAAAUAGAUGGACUACCCCAUACUGACAUUCAAACAGGAACUAUUCAACGCGGACUUAUUAACAGUGUCUUGAUCGUCUG